GAGAGAGAGCCACACACUCAGUCUGCACUGCCAUGGCUUACACACACUGGUCAGCAGAGGAUGGAUGUCAGUUUGCUUCUACUCGUGACACAAUACAAUUGCUAAGCCUGGUGUAUCAAGGGAUGAACUGGCUUGCAGAUACUACCAACAAGUUUGAUGUUAAAAAGGUAGUAUGGUGAAAGUCUCUCUCAACCCUGAGCAGGUAUUUGCAGCUGAAACCAUAGCAUCUGGGGAAAUGUCAUCUGGGGAUAUGAUUCCAGAGCUGAAGCAUCAGCAGCUAAAGAAUCGGAAAUUUCCUGAUAAGCCCUCGGACAAUGACACUGAAGGAGAUGGUUCUUUCGUGUUUGAAGCAAAUGAAGCUUGGAAGGAUUAUCACAACUCGCUCUGUCAGUUCUAUGAAGCCAAAGAACUCUGCGACAUAACAUUAAAGGUUGGGUCCAAGGUUAUCCCAUGCCACAAACUGGUCCUGGCUUGUGUGAUUCCCUACUUCAGAGCUAUGUUUCUCUCUGAAAUGGCAGAAGCCAAACAGGACCUGGUUGAGAUUAAAGAUUUUGAUGGUGAUGCAGUUGAUGACCUGGUGAAGUUUGCCUAUUGCUCCAGGAUUACCCUCACUGUGGACAACGUGCAGCCUCUCCUCUAUGCUGCCUGCAUUCUGCAGGUGGAGCUGGUGGCCAGGGCGUGCUGUGAAUACAUGAAAGCCCAUUUUCAUCCUUCAAACUGCUUGGCCGUGCGCACGUUUGCUGAGAGCCACAACCGGGUGGACCUGAUGGGCAUGGCUGAUAAAUACGCCUGUGAACACUUCAAUGAAGUGGUAGAUUGCGAAGAUUUUGUAAACGUUUCACCAAAGCACCUGGUCACACUUCUUUCGUCCAGCAAUUUAAAUGUGGAACAUGAAAAGCAGGUAUACAGUGCUGCCAUUAAAUGGCUGCACACAAACCCACAGCAUCAUGCCAUGUGGUUGGAUCAAGUUCUUGGCCAGGUUCGAUUGCCCUUGUUACCCGUUGAUUUCCUUAUGGGAGUUGUGGCCAAAGACAACAUGAUCAGGCAGAAUCUGAAAUGCAGAGACCUGUUGGAUGAAGCGAGGAACUAUCAUCUUCACUUGAGCAACAUGCCAGUGCCAGACUUUGAGUACUCCAUACGUACAACACCUAGAAAACACACUGCUGGUGUGUUAUUUUGUGUUGGUGGCAGAGGUGGAGCGGGUGACCCAUUCCGCAGUAUUGAGUGUUAUUCAAUCGGCAGAAACAGCUGGUUCUUUGGUCCCGAAAUGAACAGCAGGAGACGGCACGUUGGAGUAAUCUCAGUUGAUGGAAAAGUCUAUGCAGUUGGAGGGCAUGAUGGAAACGAACAUUUGGGCAGCAUAGAAAUGUUUGAUCCUCUGACAAAUAAAUGGAUGAUGAAAGCCUCCAUGAAUACUAAAAGGAGGGGCAUUGCACUGGCUUCGCUUGGUGGUCCAAUUUAUGCUAUAGGAGGACUGGAUGAUCAUACUUGCUUCAGUGAUGUUGAGAGGUACGACAUUGGCUCAGACCUGUGGAGUAGCGUGGCACCAAUGAACACCCCGAGAGGUGGUGUAGGUUCAGUUGCACUUGGGAAUUAUGUAUAUGCUGUUGGCGGUAACGAUGGGGUGGCAUCUUUGUCCAGUGUCGAGAGGUAUGAUCCCCAUUUGGAUAAAUGGAUGGAAAUUAAGGAAAUGGGACAAAGAAGGGCUGGAAAUGGAGUGGGUGAACUCAAUGGCUGCUUGUACAUAGUUGGUGGAUUUGACGACAACUCUCCACUCAGCUCUGUGGAGCGGUUUGAUCCUCGUACAAACAAGUGGGAGUAUGUAGCCGAGCUGACAACGCCACGUGGUGGAGUUGGGGUGGCAACCUUAAUGGGCAAAAUCUUUGCAGUCGGUGGCCACAAUGGCAACGUGUAUCUGAAUACAGUGGAAGCCUAUGAUCCGAUGAUAAACAGGUGGGAGUUGGUUGGGUCCAUAUCGCACUGCAGGGCAGGAGCUGGAGUUGCUGUGUGUGGCUGCCUAGUUAACCAAAUCCGGGACGUGGGACAAGGAUCCAGCAAUGUAGUUGACUGCAUGUGACCUGAAAUCUGGUGUAUGGAAUAUGAAGCCCUCUCAAGAUGAAUAAUUUUCCCAGAGGAAAAAGUUCUGGUCUGAUUGCCGCUUGUUACUCACUGAGGAGAGGAACAAAUUUGUCCUGAUUUGGCUUGGCGUCUGAAGUGUAUAUAGAUUUCCAAAAAGCAGAAUUUGAUCUUGUAAAACUGUGUCCCGAAAGUGAAGUGUUUUGCGUUGCAGUGGAUGGGAAGCAUUUGUUUUUUGCGGAUAGAACGCUUUUAUUCGUGGGUGUGAAUCAGACACGUCAUCAGUCACAGCGAGCUGCGCUGUCGCAGUGUUAAUGUUCUUCCAGCGGCAAUUGUUCUUCAUGACGCAGUAAUGUCACACAUGCUGGAGAAAUAAAUUCUUUAUAGUACUAAGUGAAAUGUGACACUACACAACGUUUCUGGUUUGUAUUUCACAUUGAAAACAUACUGUAGGUUGUUGGUAAAGGUUUUAUUUAAAAGGAAAUUUCAUAUACUUUAAUACAUUUCUCUACAUCCUGUUUUUCAUCUUCACUACUUAGGAGUGGUGAGUAUCUGCACAUAUUGUGCUUUCUGCUGAGGUUCUAAGCUGUGUAUAAUUUCCCAGGGCUUCUUUGAGACAUUCACCAAGCAAUAAUUCGUCAGUUUUGUGACUUGCUCAGCAGUGCACAGCCCCGGAUCAGCGAGCACCACCUUUGACUGUGCUACACUUAAAUAAAUGCUUUGGAAGUUUUUAUUAUGUUCAAAACUGCAAGCAUGUUUUAAUGCUGAGUGUUCCUGUAAAUUGCUUGAUCACUAAUCAGUAUAUUUCUGCUCUUGACCUGGCUCUAUCGCAGACUGAACCUUUGUGCUCUGUUUCACAGUAAUAUAAAGACUGAUGUUUUUGGAGGGAGUAAGAGUUAGAUCUAUAUUAAAUUAUAUUUCCAAGAUGGAUUUUUACUGGAUGACUUAAUUCCAUUGCUCCAACAAACAGCCUGUGAAUUCCUCCUUAAUCCCAUUGUUAGGAAACAAUGCAUAUCUCAAAUGAUGACACUUUUUCAGCAGAUAUUACAUAGCCGUUACAUACAAUACCUAUUUUUAUUCACAAUCCCAAAUUUACCUGUGAAUGUUUUUGGUAUCGUCCUUUUUUGGAUAUCUGAGUGUUUUAUCGGGCGGCAGGAAUGAUCAAAGUGGAUAUACAAUUGUGUAUUUGCAUUGUGGUCCUUAUUUCUGAAUGUAUGGGAGCCUUACAUCUUGCAAAAGAGCUUACAUCUGCAUUUCAACGCACAAGAAGUCUGAUCCUUCUUCUGUGUGUUUGAGAGACUAUGUUCUUCCCUUUAGGGGUAUCUCAGGGAGGUUUCAAACUAGGUUACACUUCAUCCAGUUGGAAGCAGCAUUGGCACUGAUCUGGUGGUUGGAGAAUGACCAUAGUUUGUGAUAGGGAAAGGACCUAGAAUACUCCAGUCCUGUCCGAGCAAUAAGAACGUGUUGACAUUGAGUAUUCAGAACACACCCUAUUAUUUAAUUUGCUACACCCUAUGCAGUAGUGUAUUGGAAUUGCAAUUGACUUUUUUGUGCUUGAAAUAUUCUUUUGUUUUGCAGUGUUAGUUAACUUAAAAAUCCUCUUCAUUACUUUUGUAUAUUCCUACGGUAAACAACAGUGAAUCAACAAGAUCCAUGUGGGUUCAUUCCACACACAAAAAAAGCUGUAAACAUGUUAGAGCAAAAUCAUUGCUUUUUAACAAAAAAACUUAAAUCAUAAUUUGUUGUUUAUGAUUGUUUGGUCUGUUAUGUCAGUUUCUGAUGCCUAGUUUUUUUUAAAAAAAUCAUCAUUUUAACAGUGGAAUAGUAUUCAAUGCAGAGGGAACAAGACACAAUUUAAUUAUUUUUAAGUUAAAUACCAUAUUAAAUGAACGUUGUUUAUUUGAAAUGAGUUUCUCUUAAAAUCCGAAACGUUUUGAGUUUUCCUUUUAAUUGCAUUGGUUACAAUUGGAAAUUUACAGUUUUGAAAAGUGUAGCUGUGACUUGUCAAAUGUGUCACAAAAUAUGUAAAAUGCAAUAAGUUUUGAAUCGGGAGAGGAGUAAUCAUCUUUGGUGUCAAUCAGUAUUUAGAAGUAUGAUUUAUUUUGUUUUAUUGAAAUAAAGGUAUUCACCCUCAAA